AUGUGUGAUCAUGUGGAGCAAAACGAACUGAAAAUCGGUAUACCAGUAUCAGUUCUGGUACGACAAUUACUACUGUGCACAACAAACGUAUCGUUCUCCUUCCUUGGUUGGGCUUACAGACAAAUUGACGGUGUCGCAAUCGGAACUCCAUUGAGCCCCAUUCUGGCACAUAUGUUUUUGGCUCAUCUUGAGGAAAAGGCGAGCAAAAUCCUCGAACGUUCACAACUUUACAAACGAUACGUUGAUCAUGUUCUAGUCAUCACAAUAAGUCUAGAAGAGACAACAUGGAUUAUGGAUAAACUCGAUCGCCUGCAUCCGAAUAUACGAUUUACGAUGGAAACAGAAAUCGAAGAUACACUGCACUUCCUCGACAUUAAAAUGACUAGGAAUAAUGAUGGAACAAUGGCCAGAUCUGUUUACCGAAAAGAAACUUGGACAGGCCAAUGCUUGCAAUUUGACAGCUUUGUGUCUGUGGAAUAUGAACGUGGUCUGGUCCGAACACAAUUUCAAACAGCACGACAUAUCUGCACAUAA